AUGACAAACCUUGAUCCAAAUAUCUCCAUGACUCAUGAUCAGUCUAAUAAUAGCCCAAAUAGAAGAAAAUCCUCUCGAGUUAGACAAAAACCUAGUUUCUUGCAGGAUUACUAUUGCAGCAAUGUUUCUUCAAAUGCAACUCCUCUCACUUCUUCUAAUGAUGGUUCUAAAGAACCUAAAUCCUAUAAACAGGCUGCAAAAUUUCCUAAAUGGCAAAAAGCUAUGAAAAAUGAACUUGAAGCUUUGGAAAUAAACAAAACUUGGAACCUUGUUACUUUACCUAAAACUAAACAAACUCUUGGUUGUAAAAGGGUAUUUAGAGUCAAAUAUAAAGUUGAUGGAAGCAUAGAAAGGCAUAAGGCCAGAUUAGUGGCAAAGUGCUAUAAUCAACAAGAGGGUUUGGAUUUCUUUGAUACUUUUUCUCCUGUGGCAAAAGUGACUUCCAUUAGACUAUUACUUGUUGUGGCUGCAAUUAAAAACUGGCAUCUUCAUCAAUUGGAUGUAAACAAUGCAUUCUUGCAUGGUGAUUUACAAGAAGAAGUUUACAUGGAGCUGCCCCCUAGAAUGCCUAAUGCAGAAAAUAAGAAAUCUACAACAUCCUUUAUAGCAUUGCUGGUGUAUGUUGAUGAUGUACUACUGGCCAGUGAUAGCCUACAGGAAAUUCAACUCUUAAAAGAGUUUCUACAUGAUCAAUUUACUAUAAAAGAUUUGGGGCCACUAAAAUAUUUCCUUGGCUUGGAAAUGUCAAGAUCCAAAGCAGGUAUUUUCCUUUGCCAAAGGAAAUAUACAUUGGAUAUUCUUCAAGACACGGGAACAAUUGGUGCAAAGCCUAUUGCCUUUCCAAUGGAGACCAACUUGAAGCUGACAGCCACUGAUUCUAUUUUAUAUGAAGAUCCAUCAGCCUACAGAAGACUAAUUGGGAUACUAUUAUACUUAACACUUACAAGACUAGACCUUGCAUAUUCAGUCCAAGUAGUAAGCCAAUUCCUUGCUAAGCCUACUGUGAGUCAUCAUCAAGCAGCAGUUAGAGUGUUAAGGUACUUGAAAGCCACUCCAGGUCAGAGAUUGUUCUUCUCGACAUCCUCAGAAUUGCAACUCAAGGCAUUCUCAGAUAGUGAUUGGGCAGAGUGCAUUGAUACAAGAAGAAGUGUCACAGGGUUUGCAGUAUUUUUGGGAAACUCAUUGAUCUCAUGGAAGUCCAAAAAGCAAGUAACAAUCAGUCGGUCUUCUGCUGAAGCAGAAUAUCGAGCCCUUGCUGCCACAACAUGUGAAGUCCAAUGGUUGGCUUAUGCACUGUAG